GGCCAUGCGUCAACAUAACCGGUAACAACAAGCGCGUGAAAAAUGGCACAUAACCCAAAUCAGUCAGUAAAAUUGCAAAGAAGACCGCAAGAGGACAGGGAGCUAAAAGGAAGAAAAGGUCUCAAGAUGAAUCAAUGGACAGAGGACAGAAUGAAAGGUGCAAUAGAAGCAUAUAAAGAGCAGGUCGAGUCAGGGAGGAAGCCUGCACUACGCUUACUUGCAAGGACAUGGAAUGUGCCGAAGACAACCCUUCAGAGGCGAGUGAAAGGGCUUGUUGAGGGAUCUGGGCAUGCAUCUGGAAGAAAGCCAUUCAUCCCUAUUGAAGCUGAAAGGGAGUUAGCCAUCCUUCUCACCUCACUCUUACAGAAAGGCUUCCCAUUGAAGAAGACUGAUGUUCAGACUUUUGCUUUCGAGUUUGCAAAGAGAAAUGGCAUCCGAGGGUUUUCUGAAGAAAAACAAAAGGCAGGCUAUUACUGGUUUGAGGGCUUUAUGAAGAGAAACCCAGGUCUGAAAAUAAAGAAACCAGGUGCUUUAUCCCCAACUUCUACAUUAAAGCUCAAUGAGGAGGAGCUGGGACCAUGGUUCAGAACUUAUGAAACCUCCCUCCAUGCUUUGGGAAUUAAAGAUGUCCCGUCACACAUUUGGAAGUGUGACAUAUCAGGACUUCAAGGCUUCUCUUCUGACCAGUUUAUUGGGGAAGCAGGGGAGCCCUGCUUUGAGACCACAACUGAGGAGGAGGAAGAAACUUCCAUAACUGUGCUUGCAACAUUCAAUGCCAUUGGUACAUAUGCUCCUCCACUUAUAAUUUUUAAAGGAAACAAUGUGAGUAGUGAGUGGUUGAAUGGUUGCCCGGAAAAUGUGUGCGUGAGAUCAUCUGAUAAUGGCUGGAUAACAGCAGAGAUGCUCGUUGAGUGGGGGGAAAUAUUUAUUGCACAGCUCCCAAAGGAAGAUGCCAGGCCCCACUUACUGCUGCUUGAUGGCCAAAGUAUCCAUGUCUUCAACCUCAACUUCCUCAGUCUCAUGAAGGAAAACAAAGUUGAAGUUAUAUGCUAUCCUGUAAUGAACCCAGCAAACAGAGCUCUCUUUGGGCGUCUAAAAUACAACUGGUGUGAGGUACGUCGAAAAUUGAAUCGGCAAUGUGCAGGGACGAAGUUGCCUAAAUCUCAUUAUCAUUCUGUUUUCUUGGAGGCCUGGAAGAAGACUGCCACUGUGGAAAAUGCCCAAGAUGGUUUUAGUGCAUUGGGAAUGUUCCCAAUAAAUCAAUUUGCUGUCUCCAGUGAAGUGCUUACACCAAGUGCCAAGAUUGAACAUGAACUUCCUCCUGCCACAUAUAGCAUCCUUUCCCAUUUGCAAAGUAACACAGUGCCCACUGAAGAAUACGCCCAUUCCAGCGCUGAGAACAGCUCUGUUGUUGGAGAGGCAUCCUUCAAAGACUUUGUCGUCAUGCCAAAAAGAGACGGUAUCAGAACACAUUCAAGCAUAGAUCACUUUCUUUGUGAUGAAAAUUCAAAACAAAAGAAUAAAACAAUUCUGAAUAAAAGGACAAAAUGCUCCUACAAAUGCAGGGGCUGCUUUAGUAAAUGUGGCUCUGAUGAUGAUCCAAAAGCUUCUGAAGUGUGGAUCAGAUGCAGCAAUUGUAAGGCCUGCUAUCACGAGUCUUGUGCAGAGCAGGAUGGGAUAUAUGAAUGGGUUUAUGAUUUGGAUGACAAUAAUCAAGAAACAUGAUAACAGAGCAAAGCCUUUGGUGCUUGUGCAGAACAAGAAAACAAUAGUUUAAGUCACAAAAUGUAUGAUGUCCAAAAGCAAUGAUCGGAUUAAUUAUUCUGUGAGAGCAAUCUGUUUGUUGAAUCCAAGGGUAUGCACAUUUGUUUUAAAUAAUCACAUGAUGCCAAACAGAAUUAACACAUUAAGAAAGUUUAUAUAUUAUAAUUAUAUACACAGAAUAGUGUGAUCAAAUGUUGUAUUUUUUUUUUUAAAGACAGGAAGCAGAUUUAAACAAUGACAUGUACUUGAUUAUGAUUGAACAUGGUUUAAGCCAACGUUUUAUUUAAACUAAGCAUUUGAGUUCCCUGUGAAAAAUAUGCUACAGUGAUUUCUGCACAUUUACAAAAGACUAUUAUCCUCUUCUCUCCCAACUAACACAUCCCAUUUAUUUCCUGUACAAUAUUCUCAUUUUAAACACUUACAUACUAUAAUGUAAGAAUACAGAAUAUGUGAAUUAAGUUUGUGUGUAUUUCUGUUUCUGUUCUAUUAAAGUGAUAGU